AUGUCUGAAGAUAUUGAAUUACAUUCUUAUGGUCAAAAAGUAGAGAGCGACUCGGAAGAAUAUUAUGAAAUUGAUCAAGCAAAGCUUGAAACUGCAGUUUCGUAUAAAAACAAGCUUAGUCCUGGAACAGAAAUUAAUUUCUUUACUCAUCAUGAUGCCAAUGUCUUUAAAAAUAAAUCUAGAACAAAAAAGAAAAGGAAUAAGAAGAAAGAGAGUCAAAGCAGAAGUGUAAUGGAUAUAAUAAAUUCUAGAAUAGAGUUAGGUGAACCACCUAUUUUAAAAAAUGUUAUAAACAUUGAGAAGAAUGAGCAAAUUCCCAGUUUUUUAGAAAGAAAUAUUAGUUUUGAAAAAAUAUUUCAAGUCAACAAACCUCGUGCAAAUAAAGAACUGGACCACUUGAAACGAGUGAAAUUAAAUCCGAAUUUUCCUAAUAUUGAAAAAGGUUUAAACGAGCCUCAUAUCCCAGUACAGAUUCAAUAUGUGGAACCCCACAUGUUCAAAAGUUUUGUUUUUGAUAGCUACAGAGAUGAUGCAAAUAAAACAGCUAAGUUUUUGGAUAUAUCUUUAAAAAAUAUUUAUUUUACACAUCAUUACGAAUUUUCAUUGGAAAAAAUACUUACGAUACAGUUACAAGAAUAUUAUAAGAAAUAUACCGAAAUUCAGGAUUCUAUGGGAAAAGUAACCCGGUCUAUCGAGGUGAAUAGAAAAACGAGGGAAAACCUACUUGAAAAAUUCAUUUCUAUCACGCCAAGUAAGAAAAAUGAGGUAAGGUUUGAUUCAACGAUAAGAAAAUAUACGGAAGCAUUACUAAAAAAUAAGGAUCAAUAUUUAUGUAUUUUAAAAGAAAAGAGAGAACUUGCUAAUAUAAUAGCAUCAAUAUGGACGGAUAUAAGCAAUGUAAGACACAAAAUUGGUACUGCUGAAACAUCUAUAGAAGUAGAAGUUAUAAAUUCAUCGUGGACCGAUGAUGAUUUUUCAAAGGAAUGGAAUAGUAUCUUCGAAAUUGAAUAUUCGGAUAUGCUUCUUAAAUAUGAAUUUGAAUAUGUUUCUAAAUAUUUAGAAUACAAAGAAGUUAAGAAGAAUAACGACGAAGCUAAACGUAAUAUUCCAAAACCAAAACUAAAUAUAAAUGCAGAGGAUAUAAAGAAUGAAGUCACUCAAGUGGUUGAUUUUGUUUUAAAUCGAAAUGAAACUGAUAUUAAAAUAUAUGUAGAUGAUGUAUUUGUGUGUGAAUCAGAACGUGUUGAUGUUGAAAACUUAACGAAAAUAGAUUACAAUGAUUUUCUUACACUGCAAAUUCUUGAAAAUAACAAUGUUAUUUCUAUUAUACUAUGUGAAAACGAUUCAGAUUUGUUAUAUUAUAGUAUUAAUAUUAAUGAAAUUCGUAGGUCGUCUAUAAGCACAGAAUUUAAUGAAAGGACUUUUAUUUGUGAUCAAAUAAUUAAGACAACUAUGGAUAGCGUAGGCAGUGGUUUAAGUAUUAAAGACAUUGCGAGUUUUUAUAAAAUUAAGCUUAAAAGUAGCAACUUAUUCAAAGGUAAGUUGUACACAAAAUGCAACGUUGUAUUAAAAAUCGGUUGGAAUGAUAAACUGAGCGAAAAUCAAAAGGAAACAAUAAAGACUUUUAUUAACAUAGAACGACAAAUAAAACGCAUGAUGCAUAAAAGUGAUGGUCGUAAUUUAAGUACGUUGCUAGAAAUCAUUAAUAAUAUUUAUGAUUAUGAUAUUGAAGAUCAAAGUAUAAUAGAUUCUUUAAAAGAUAUGUGCAAAAAUGUAACUAAACAUGACGAUACGUCGUUCGUCGAUGAAAGCGCUGAUAAUGUUCGUUUCAAAUUAUUGAGUUUAAGAAAUAACGGAGGGUUUGCAGGUGUAACAAAUAAGUCUAUACCACUCUUUCAAACUCAAAUUACUACGGAGCAGCUAAACUUCUUGCAAAAAAGCGAAGAAAAAGAUUUUGAUGUAGAAUAUUUUGAGAGUAAACGGGUUGAUAUGGAUCCCAUAGAUUUGCAGAGGUAUAUGGGAAUGCGAUUCGUUGAUAAGUUAAAUAAAAAAAUUACUACAGAAUUGAAUGAACGAUUGUUGAGGAAAACACACAAAGAUGUUGUUAUGGAUUUCAAGGAUUUAAGCCUGAGAAGUAUAUUUGCAAAUAAACAAAGUAUCAACCUAGAUCAAUCUUCAAGUGUGAAGAGAAAACAAUUGAUAGAAGAAGGUAUAGCGAAUGAACAAGAAAUACACAUCACUGUAUUACGAGCAUUGAAUUUGUUCGAUCGUAGAGUUGAAGAGGAAAGUGACACUGAAUAUGAGGAUAUUGCUGGGUAUCGAAUGCGUCGGCUAAGACCAUUUAUUAGAAUAAGCUACCACGGCGAGACCGUUCAGAGUCCCUUGUCAGUCGGGAGUCAUCCCACGUGGAAUUACACGGCGAAAAUAAAAACUAAAUUGGAUCCUUUGUCAUCUUUACAUAUCAACAUUUAUGACGAACAUAAAGUGAAUAUAACGCAAGAUUCGGAUGCCUCGAGUCAAUCUUAUCGGUAUAGAUGUUACAAUAAAUGGCUGGGAACCGUUGCAAUUCCAAUGAACACAGUUAUUAAUAUGGGCACUCUUUACGGAACAUUUAAAGUUACAACGCCGCCAUUUCUUUUCGGCUACGAAACAAACACAGCGGAGUCGACUUCAAUCAUACCAGAAAUAAUGCGAUUAAUGAGAAAGGACACUGCUUUCAUUACUUUACGUGUAACUACAAGUUUAUCACGUUUAGGAGGAUGUGUAUUUUACAAUCAGCCAACGGAAACCGAUGAUCCCAUUAUUCAGCAUUUGAAUAGUUUCAUAACGGAUUAUUUGGUUGAUUUCCCGGCGAGAAAUAUAACGUUGACGUUCAUAGAUAGUACAGGAACGAACAAACCCGUUACUGAAUUUAUACAGUCUUUACCCUUGCCUGAUAUAUUUGUAAAGAAUGCAAAAAGAGCAGAAUCCGCGUCGAAAAGUUCAAAAAGCUCUUCUUCCGGUCGUAAAAAGAGUACAGAUAAAACAAAUGUAAGAGAUGAAAGCGUUUUUGAAAUAGAAAAACCAGAUGUUUCUAUUUCACAAAUGAUCGACGUAGCGGUGCGUUAUGUGUCUUUGAUACCAACGUAUGAAUUGGUCGAACCUCAUGCUGUGACGUUGAAGGGGAUUGAAUUAUUAAAAGUUCAAUACGGGUCGCCUCUUGAUCACACUUUAUUACUAGCCAGUUAUUUUGUGCAUUUAGGCAUCAAAUGCUGGGUUGUUGUAGGACAUGGUUUACCUAGAGGUUUAAGCAGUUAUGUUCUGGUCAAAUACCAAAGCAACAGAAUUAUGACGGUUAAUGAUGCAGGGAACAAAGGAUUCUUUAGCAAGGAAGAUAAUGAUAAGGUGGUCGUAUUUGAUGCUGUUAGUGGCGAGAAGCAUGAUGUUAGAGAUGUAGGAUGUCCAUUGAAAACUGUAAGCUACGUGUUUAAUGGAGAAAAUAUAUGGGUGAAUGUGCAAUCCACACAGGAUUGUGAAAGCUUGUCGUUUGAUUUUACAAAAUCAUUGAACUGGCAAUCAGUUUUCGAUAGUGCUGUGUUUGUGAUGGAACAACCCCCUAUCACUACUAACAUCUACAGUUUACCAGGAGAUGUGGAAAAUUUGAGAAAUAAUUUGGAAGCUAAAAUUAAAACUAAAGUACAAAAAUGGCGGUGGAAUAUUAGGACUAUAUGGAAUAGAUACUUGAGUAAUUUAUUACGGGAAUGUUUACCGUAUUGGGAGUAUUGGAGUUUUAAUCCAGAUUCUGAAAAGCCUACAUUAGGGCAUAGACUGAAACAAUUGAUGGUGACAUAUAAGAUAUUUGGUUUUCCGUUAAACAUGCAAUAUCUUAACGCCAAAUCUGUGGUAUCCAGAGUAAAAUCUACGAUGGUUCACAUGAGCGACGACCCUAAGGUAGAGUUCGGUUUGGCGGUCGAAGUGUAUGCUUACCCUAAUAACGUUUUAAGUGUUUGGGUGUUUAUUGCGAGUAUGACUAGAAUAUAGUUUCAAAAUAAAUUGUCUUUUAUUUAAGACCAUAACGUAAGGGAAUUAACAAAAACGCUUAUCAGAAGAGCAAUAUAAAAUUUAUUAUUAAACUCAUCGGGAAUCUUAAACGAAUUAAUUUAAUUUAAAUAAAAAAUAGAGAUUGUA